GGCAGCUGAAAAUAGUGAUAAGUGAUUAAAAUAUCCUGUGAUCAUGGUGGGAAACGAGCGCUUUUCGUUUCAAAAAACCGUCCAAUGUUUAGCCCGUGUGCUGGCCAUGAUUAAACCCACACCGUGGGAAAAGGUGCAAACACUGUUCAAGUAUUGUCCCCAGGAAAAUGCGGCGGGAGUGUUUUGUCUUGAUGCCCGGGCACAGGACGCAGUGAUUGCUCUGGGGCUAUACUUUCUCGAGAGUGGUUAUCAGUAUUCGAAGGAAAUCAUCCCAUACUUGCUACGGCUCGCCAAAGCCCUGCCGAAGGCUGUUUGGAUCGAUGACGUCAAGCCUAACAAAAUCGAUAAAAUACCGACGGCGGAAAAAUUUAGCUUCUGUCUUAACAGCCUACUGUCCGAUAUAGCGGUCGGAUGUCCGGAACAUCGCGAUGAAAUCAUCCUGAACCAGGUGGAAGUGUUGACCGUGUUGACCAACAUGAUCAAGGGUAGUAAGGAGAGCAACACACUUCCACCUAUUAUCCUUUGCAAAGCGACGGUUCCACUGCUGCUCGGGAUGAGCCGUUCGAUGGGUCGUUAUGCGGCUUGUGAUCCGCCUCUGCUAUGUCGGCUUUUCCCAAAGGAUGAAAUAUUGGUGGUAAAGUCGGCCGAAACGCCACUUUCGUGCGAUGCGAAAGAUAGCACGAGCGUUAGCCAGUUCCGUUCGAUCAUACCGCGUUCGAUGUCGGGCAGCCUGUCCAUGGAUGCGGGCGAAACGGAAAAAUCGAUCAACAGCAACCGGAAAAAGCUCAGCUCGUUCUACUCCGUGCCGUACGAUCCGACGACGUACUUUUUCGCAAAGUACGGUUCGAGCUUUAAUCAGUUCCCGAAUAUGCGUUUCUGCGACUCGAUGGAGAAAAACGAUCGGCUACAGUUUCCAAUCAACCAUUUGCAGACCAUUUUUGCGCUGGCAAAAAAGCUUCUCACCAAAGAAACGCUGGAACAUUUGGACGAACAGGCGGGCGAUAUAUAUGCGCUAAAUCAGAUUAAGCCGUACGGGUAUAAAAGUUUCUCCGAAACCAUCAAUCUGGUAAUGGUGACGCUGCUGCGAGAGAUACUGCAAAAUCAAACAGAUUUACCAACACCUUUCACGAAGGAUGUGCAAGAGUUUGUUAAGCGUUUGUUCUUGAUCGGUCAGACGGAGCUACAGAACAAGCAGUACGAUGUGCUCGACCGUGUACGGGACCCUACGAAUAUUGUCGUGAACAAGUACAAGAUCAACGUAAUGGCCAAUGCUGCGUGUGUUGAUUUGCUCGUAUGGGCAAUCGGUGAUGAAACUGUCCACAACUUGAGCGAUCUGCUAACGUAUCUGCAAGAAAGUUUAUCAUUCACGAUGGGUUUAGGUGAUGAGGCGGAUAAACUGUGCAGUCGACUUUACCAGAAGCUAAACUCGGUACUGGGACACAAGGUGGUGAUGGAUCAUAUGCCACUAUUGAUGGUUUGCUUGGAGGGAUUGGGUAAAUUAGCGCAAAAGUUCCCCAAUAUUGCGGGAACAUCGAUAUCGUACUUGCGUGACUUCCUGGUAGAUCCGAGCCCUAUUCUGACGAAGCUACACGUUCAAUCACAAGCACAAACAAAGAAGGAUAAAGAAAAUGCACCUUUCCGUAUCGUGGUGCAAGGUUCCGACUUUAAAGCGUUCGAUCAUGCGACACACCCGAAAGGGCUCACCAAGUCCGCUCAGGAAGCGUUCGAAGCGCUGCGUGAUGCAGCCAUCGAAAAUCUCAGCAUUGCGCUGCGUGCGGCACACGCGCUGGAUCAGUACUGUGUGCCGGCCCUAGUGGCGAACGUUUCCAAUCGGUUGUUUACCGCGGAAAAGCAGGAAAGUGAAUCGAGCCUGGUGUCGUUGAACAUUAUCGUCAUGUUGGGUCAUGUGGCGGUCGCCCUGAAGGAUACGCCGAAGACGACCAACAACAUUCUUCAGUUUUUCAUCCAGCGCUUCUGCAAGGUACCGUCCGAGCAGAACGUGCUGAUCGUCGAUCAGCUCGGGUGCAUGAUCAUCUCCAAGUGUGAACCGCAGGUGUUCGAGGAGAUUAUGAAAAUGUUUACGCGCGUCACCGUACAGGCGGCAUCGCUCGCGUACUCGACAAAUCCGGAGCAAAGGAAAUCGUACCAUCACGUGUCGGAUGCGGUAGUGAACGCGCUGGCCAACAUUGCCGCCAACAUACAGGGCGAGCUGGAGAUGUUGGAUUUGCUUGGAAAGCUGCUGGAGCUGUUUGUGCAGAUUGGGCUCGAGGCGGAACGUUCAUCCGACAAUACGUCCGGAGCGCAGAAGGCUAGCUCGAGUGCUGGCAAUCUUGGAAUGCUAAUUCCUGUGAUUGCGGUUCUCGUAAGACGACUUCCUCCGAUCAAGAAUCCCAAACAACGGCUGCAUAAACUAUUUAAGGACUUCUGGCUGUACUGCGUCGUGAUGGGAUUCACCAACUCGCGUCUGUGGCCCUCCGACUGGUACCAGGGUGUGCAGCAGAUCGCGGCCAAAUCACCGCUGCUCAUCUCCCAAACCGCCCACCGGUCGGAGAUGCGUGAGCUUAACUACACGUCCGCGAUCCGAUCGGGUAGCGUUAGCUUGAUGGAGCUUCGCAAUCAAAUUCUGCUGCUGCUAGACCAUCCGCCGGCCGACAUAACGGCCUGCAUCAACAAGCUCACGUUCGCCCAGUGCGCUUACCUGCUGAGCGUGUACUGGUUGGAGAUAUUGCGCGUCGAGAACGCGUCCGAACCGAGCCUGGAACCGAUCCUGAGCUACCUUUGCGACAAUGCGCUGCUAAAGGACAAGUACGGCAUGUGGCAAUGUGUGCGCUGCAUCGGCGAUCAGGUGUUCGAAAAGUUUCGCAGCGUGCUACUUGCGCAAGAUUCGGUGCGCGAAAAGGUGCUGGAAUCGCAAGCGAUGCUACUGCUGGUGUACUUCAACCACAUCCACAAGCAAAUCCAGCUGGUUGCUGACCAGUACCUGUCGCAGCUGGUCGACAAGUUCCCGCAUUUGCUGUGGAAUCGCAAGGUGCUGUGGUGCAUGCUGGACGUACUGCAACUGCUCGCCUUUUCGCUUACGCUCGAUCCGAACGAGGAAACGCCGACGCUUCGCGUCGCCUCGACGCCCUACACGUUGCAGCUGAUGGACAGUUUGCCGGCGCGCGAAAGUCGCGUGAAGGAUUUCGCCGAUCGCUGCCAGGGCAUCGUGAACGAGGCGAUGAAAUGGGCACCGAAGUCAACGCGCAGCCAUCUGCAGGAGUACCCGAAUCAGGUGCCCUCGACGACGCUUUCCAAUCACAGCGGAUUGGCGCUGGCAGUGGAUUCCAUCCUUCACACGUGGGUAACGAAUGCUUCUAUUCCGACAACGACGAAACGCCCGCACUGCGUCAACAGCGACACAUCGAAGUUUGUGUCCGUGCUGUGUUUGCGUAGCAAGUACGCUGGCGAAAUUUCCGGCCUGCUGUCCGUGCUGGAGGAUGAAGACAAAAAGGGGCUAGCGGAUCGGCUCGUGAAGGACGUGUGGGACGCUUGUGCGGAGAAGAGCGACCCGAAACAUCGCGGUGCGUUGUGGCGUGCCACGGCCUAUCUGAUACUUUGCUCGAGCGCCAACCGGAAGCUGCUGCACGCAAUUUCCUCCUCCCAGGUGCAGCUGUUCACCGAGAGCGCGAUGGAGACGGCGGUAGAGUGUUGGCAGUGGAUACUGACCGCGCGGCAGGAUCUCGAACUGUGCUUCAUACAGGAGAUGGUCACCGCCUGGCAGACGACGUUCGACAAACGGAUGGGCCUGUUCUCGGAGGAGAACGAUGUGGCGAGCCCGCUGGCAGCGUACGAAGGUUGCCGGUUGGUGCCGAAACCGAUCGUUGUCGCACCGCACCUGAUCUGGCUGCAGCUACUGUCGGAGAUGGUCGACACGGCGAAGUACUGCAAUCGGGACAAGGUGGAAAUGUUCUGCAUGUUGCUGCAUCGAUGUUUGCCAUUCAGCCGGGAUUUCAAACAGAACCGUCACAUCUCCACGGUCGGGUGCCGGUUUAAGCUGUUGCAGUGUGGGCUUUCCCUGCUGCAGGGCAAUACCAUCCCGAAGUCGCUCGCACGCAACAUACUGCGCGAACGGAUUUACGCGAACGCGCUCGAUUACUUCUGCGGGCCGCAGCUCUGCCCGAGCCAAUCCCGGGAAGCGUUGCUCGAGGACAUCUCGAUACUGCUAAAGUUCUGGCAGACGAUGCGCAGCGAGAAGAAACAUCUGGUCGCGUCGGAGGUGAGCGAUUACGAGCUGCACACCGCGUCGGUGAAUCUGUCCGUGCAGAAAGUUUCGCUCGAUACGGUGUCGCUCGCGGGCAGUGAAGUCGCACGGUCGACGAGCAGCGGAAAUGCCGGCUGGUACAAUACGAUCCCACACUCGACGUCGACCCUGUCGAAGCGAUCGGCACGCAUUAAGCGUCCACCGUACCCGAAGGAUGCGUACGAUAAGGAUUACAUGAAGAAGCGCAACCUGAUACUGGAGCUUCUCGCGGUCGAGAUUGAGUUUAUGCUGAUUUGGGCCAAUCCGCUCUCGCUGCCCGAGCUGCAAAUUCCCGGUGAAGAGUCCGUAGUCGAAUGGCGUGCCCGGCCGGUGAAGUUGAACGUGUGGCGUGAUUUUACGCGCCUUGCCUGGUCGUACAAUCCGGCCCUGGCCGUGUUUUUGCCCCAGCGCAUCCGGAACGCGGAAACGAUCGAGGACGAGGUGACGCGGUUGGUGUGUUCCGACCCGAUGGCGGCCGUACACAUCCCGGAAGCGCUCAAGUAUCUCGUCACCACCAAGACCGUGCUGAACGAAUCGCCCGAGCUGGUGUACAUGCUGACCUGGGCGCGGGUGAAUCCGAUCCAAGCGUUGUCCUACUUUUCGCGUCAAUAUCCGACCCAUCCGCUCACGGCACAGUACGCGGUGAUGACGCUGAACUCGUACCCGGCGGAAGCGGUCCUUCCGUACAUUCCGCAGCUUGUGCAAGCGUUACGACACGACACGAUGGGUUAUGUGACGGAGCUGAUCAAACACAUCUCGAAACGAUCGCAAAUUGUGGCCCACCAGCUCGUUUGGAACAUGCAGACCAACAUGUACAUCGACGAGGAGAUGCAUCAUCGAGACUCUCUUUACGAUGCGCUGGAAUCGCUGUCCCAAAACAUCAUCUCCUCCCUGUCCGGACCGGCAAAACGGUUCUACGAACGGGAGUUUGAUUUCUUCGGCAAAAUUACCGCCGUCAGUGGUGAAAUUCGAUCCUUCCCGAAAGGGCAAGCGCGGAAGAAGGCUUGCCUGGAGGCGCUGAGCCGCAUCAAGGUGCAGUCCGGCUGCUACCUUCCAUCGAACCCCGAAGCGAUGGUGCUCGACAUUGACUACAACAGCGGCACACCGAUGCAAAGUGCGGCGAAGGCACCGUAUCUGGCCCGGUUCCGCGUACAGCGCUGCGGCAUUACCGAGCUGGAAACGAUGGCGAUGGAAGUGUCGAACAAUCCCGACUCGCAGAUCGAUGGACCGCGGUUGAAUUCGCUCGGUCCGGAAGCGUGGCAGGCGGCCAUUUUCAAGGUGGGCGAUGAUGUGCGACAGGAUAUGCUGGCACUGCAGGUGAUCUCCAUCUUUAAGAACGUAUUCCAGCAGGUCGGUUUGGAGCUGUAUCUGUUUCCUUAUCGUGUCGUUGCCACUGCACCGGGGUGCGGUGUUAUCGAGUGUGUACCGAAUGCGAAAUCGCGCGAUCAGUUAGGUCGGCAGACGGAUUUCGGGCUGUACGAGUACUUCCUGCAUCAGUACGGUGAUGAAACAUCGAAGGAGUUCCAAUCGGCACGCAGCAACUUUGUCAAGUCGAUGGCGGCGUAUUCGGUGAUCGGUUACCUUUUGCAGAUCAAGGAUCGUCAUAAUGGCAACAUUAUGAUUGAUAAGGAUGGCCAUAUUAUUCACAUCGAUUUUGGUUUCAUGUUUGAAUCAUCGCCUGGUGGUAACAUCGGGUUCGAACCCGAUCUCAAACUAACGGACGAGAUGGUAAUGGUGAUGGGUGGCAAAAUGGAGGCGGCACCGUUUAAGUGGUUCUGCGAUCUGUGUGUCCAGUCGUUCCUUGCCAUUCGCCCGUACCAGGACGCCAUCGUGACGCUGGUAUCGCUCAUGCUCGAUACCGGUUUGCCGUGUUUCCGGGGUCAAACGAUUACGCUGCUCAAGCAGCGAUUCGUGCCAACGAAGAACAGCAAGGAGGCGGCCGCACACAUGCUGGGUGUGAUACGGAACUCGUACCAAAACUUCCGCACGCGCACGUACGACAUGAUCCAGUAUUACCAAAAUCAAAUUCCAUACUAAGAGGGUGAUGCGCGCGUAACACCUAAUUUAACCUUACACGGGGGGCCGUAAAUGGUGGGCACAGGGAUAUAGCAUUCAAUUUUUUGUUACCAAAGGUACACGGUGUAGUAUGCAAAUGAUGGACAUGACCUGUAGGGUUACUUUAGAUCAAAUCUAUGUAUGUGAAUGUAACGUAGCCAAUUAUCGGUGUGUGGUAGAUAAUAUCGUUCGUUGUUACUCUAUUUGUUGGAACGUAGGUAAAACAGCCUAAAACAUAAAUAAAUGUUCUUCACGAUCAAACGAUCUUUGUUGGGUUUUGAUUCGAGCACUUCGAGGCUGUUGACUCCAAUGUAC